AUGUCUCUAGAAACAAGAAUAGAGAAGACAUUUAUUCUCCCGCCACUUAUUGCUGGCAAUAGUUCAACAGUAAUAAAAUCAGUUGAAGAAGAUGGGCUUGCAAUACGAGUGCACCCUGACUCUUUACAUGUGUUUUAUAAUAAUUCAUUGAAAGAAGUUUGGAAGUUUCCGGCAGAACUGGUCGAUUUUUCACUUGAUACCUUGUACUCGCCUAACGUCGUGAAUAAUAACAACUCAAAUAUGAAUAAUAAGCAAAAGUAUAUAUUGGUAUCAACUGCCGAUGGCUCAGUUUGGAGAAUUCAAACACCCGUACAAAGAAAUAAACGACGUUUUGAUACUGAUGCCAAAUCUAAUAAUUUAAACGAUAAUCACACAAAUUCAUCACGAACUUUAUUUUCACCGCCGAUCAUAACAAAUGUUCGAAGUGAACAUCAAAUUUAUAAAAAGGCAAGCUUGAUUUUCUUUAUCUAUCCGAUUGGUAUUUGCAAAAUACAUCCAAUCAUCCUCGCCGAUGUUAGUGGUCUAUUAAUUUGUUGUCUAAAUGGAGAAUUAGUGUUUAUCUCAACAAUCAAUCAACUGCCAAACAAUCAAGUUUUAUAUCGCCCUCAUAAACCGAUCAACCAAGAAGAGAAACUCACAUUGACUAUUUCAAAUAAUUCUUAUGAUUAUUCGUUGACUUUAUAUUUACUUCGUCCGUUAUUGGCUCGUGGAAAUGGGAACUACUUGAAUCAGGAUUAUCAGAACUUUAUCACCUUGGACGUUUUUAAUGAGUUAUUGUGUUCUGGAGACGCAUACCAUCCGAUGAUUACUGAUCAAACAGAUAUCUUAAUAACGGGAACAUCAAAAGGAUGGGUAUCUUAUCAGCCACUAGUUUUUGACACACCAGAUCCAAUUCCGUUCGCUUCCAUGGAUGAACCGAUGAACGCGAUCUAUACGUUACAUAUAAAUCAUGAAAAUACAAGCGCAUCGAACAGUAAUGUUAAUGUGAUUGCUCAUAAUGCAAUGAUUUUGGUGGGAGCUCAGGGAACAAUUAAAUUGCUUUUUGUCAAAGAGAAUGAUCUAAACUCCCAAGAAAAAGUAUUAUUUAGAGAAUAUUAUGUUCCUGGUCCUGUAUACUCGUCUACUCUUUACAUGAAUCGAUUAACAUUAGCCGUUAAGGAUGGACGCACAAUGUAUCUUGAUUUUUCUUAUCAUGUGAUUAUUGACGGAAAAUUGGCCCCAAUUAACAGUAAAUCUAUUGAUAUCCCAAAAAACAUGCUUGACCUGUGCUACUCGAGGAAUUCAAAUGACAACGGGAGAUUAUUUGCAAUAUCAAAAGAUGGAAAAUUGAUUCGAAAUACAUUGACCAUUGAAAAUGAGCAAGUUCCACAAAAGAACCCUCAUUUCAAAUUAUCGACAUCUGAGAUAAGAAAUGCAUUGAAGAAACAGAUUGAAAGUAUCAGUGAAUGUUCUGCGAAACAGAGAGACUUAGAAAUAAUUCAAAAGGAAUUGAACUCUGCAAUUAUGACGCGAAAUCUGGAUAUAUGUGAAUUGAGAUUACUUCGUAAAAAUCGAGCAAAGAAUUUGAACAAUAAAAAAAAUCUUUUCGUCUGCGAUUGCCAUCCAAUGACAAUAUCAACUUCUUUAACCGGAUCAGUAGUACAGCGUACUUACUUAAAGGUGAAAUUAUUGAGUAGAUUAGCGAUAAAUUGGAAUCAAGAAUGGGAAAAGGAUGUCGAAGUAAACUUACGUCGUUUUCAAUUUCCCAUUUCGAUCUCUGUCGGAUUGAAUUUCGACUUCUCAUUUUCCUCUUCAUCAGAAAGCAGUGCUGACAUAAAAUCAAAACAGAUUUACUUUCCGAUACAGAACCUAUGUUACGAUAUAUUGGACUUUAUUAGACCAUGUCCAGAAAACAUUAUAAAACAGAUACAACAACGACGUCAUUUUGCAAUAGGAAACUCGAUUCCUCGAUAUAAUGCUCCAAUGGAUGGUAAUUUUUUCGCGACAAGAAAAGAAUUCGUGGAAACUUUUGAAGCUCUACUUGAUCGAUUGACAAAGCACAACAAACUAGAGGAUACCCCACUAUCUCUAAAAGAUCUUUUCAUGUCACUACGACUUGGGACUGUAUUCAUCAAUUUCCAAAUUGGCUCAAGCAAUUUGGAGAAUGGAAAAGGAGAAAGACACGUUGCUUCUCCGGACGAUUCAUUUAAGUUAUGUUUAUCGAUGCUUUUAGGGGAAAAUACUCCAAAUGACCAACUUAAAGAAAUUAUAAAAAGCACGGAAUAUGCUGUCUUUAUUACACCUUUUAGUUUGGAGCCGGUGACUUUUAAUUUAAGUAAAGUUAAUGAUAUUCGAACUGACGUGAUACCAGUCGAAUUAAAAAUUUCAUGCAAUUCUUUUCAAACUCUAUUGCAAACGGAAGAAGCCAUGCUAAGGCGAUUAUUGGAUUUUUCUAGGAUGUUCAGCAAUAAUGGUGAUCCGCCUCAUAGUUUGUCGAAUAUGAUGGAUAUUGAUGAAAUUAAUCAAGGUUUCAAACAAGAACUAGACAAAUUAAUCAAAUACCUUGAAACACGACAAUCAAAUAAAAUCGUUGGAUCAUACCAACAUGUCCAUAAUCAGUAUGACACUCUUGCUUCGUCGACAGCGUCAUUUUACAACGACGAUCAAUUAGAAGCCAAAUUUAAUGAAAUUUUGAGUGGGAUACGUAAAAAAUUGGAACGAAUUAUUAUACCUGGUGUUAUAGAGUUCUGA